UGGAGUUGUUUUGAUAAAUUUGCUGCAUUUUUUAUUAAAAUUUGCCUAUUUUUCUGGAUUUUCUUUGAUUUUGAGUGUUUUUGCUGACAAUAAUUGGCUUUAGAGGAUGGCUAAUCAUUACGAAGUGCCGAGUUGGGCAGGAAAAGCUCCAUCGGGAACGCAUUUGGAUGUGUUAAAAGACGACAAAUUGAUCCAAAAGCUGAUGAUUGACGAGAAAAAGUGCUAUUUAUUCGGGAGAAAUGCCCAAUUUUGUCAGUUUGUGUUAGAUCAUGCGAGUUGCUCGCGCGUUCAUUCGGCCCUCGUUUACCACAAAUUCCUCAAUAUCAUUUAUUUAGUCGAUCUGGGAAGCAGUCAUGGGACUUUUAUUGGAUCGGUGCGUUUGGAACCUCAUAAACCGACGCCUUUGCAUUUUUCAAACAGUUUCCAUUUCGGCGCAUCGACUCGAAGUUACAUCCUCCGGGAACGUCCUUCAGGCACGAGAAUUCACGAAGCUCUUCCGUUGGAAGUCGAUGCGACGCUUAUGGGUCUCCCUGAAUCGCAAUCCGAGUUGGAUAACUUGACGGAGUACAAUACGGCGCACAAUCGACGAAUUGCGAUGAUAACUGACGACACAACGAAGAAAAAGCAUCAAAAGCGGAAGAAGAAAAUGGUGACGUUCAAUGAGGAAGAAAUUAUCAUCAAUCCGGAGGAUAUUGAUCCGUCAGUGGGAAGAUUUAGGAAUUUGGUUCAAACGACAGUUUUGCCAACUUCGUCGAAACGACAGAAAAUUGAUCAUUUCUCGACGACUUCGUUGUCGAUGGAGACACAAAAGCCUUUUAUCGCGCAACAACCGUACGUGCCGUCGCUCUAUCAAGGCUUGAAUGCUCCGAGUAACGAGUCGCAAACAACCACAGUAGAUACAAAUGUUCUGUCGCAAGGAGGAUUUGGAUCAAAGUUCCUAAUUUUACCGAAUCCAGCACCUGAAGUGUCGACUGAAUUGAUUCCUUCGACAAGUACAGUUAACAAAGCUCCAACAAAAGAUGAUCUAAACAAAUCUGACGUGACAUCCAACGAACCGAAGAAGAAAAAGUAUGCCAAAGAAGCAUGGCCAGGACGAAAACCCCUCAUGGGAGUCUAAAGUUUUAAUAGACAAAGUAAAAAAAAAUUAAAACUAGAUAAAAUUUUAUCUAAAUCCACACUUUAUUGUAUUUUUUCUCCUAUAUUUUCUUUUAAAUAUAAUAAUAAUUUUUUGUUUUAGAA